GGUAGGCUGGACCGGGGCGGGGCGCGGGGCGCUGGUGGGAGUGGGGUGUUGAGGCGCGGCUGGGCAAUUGCUGGGCGGAGCUGAGGUCAGAAGUUUCAGCCGUGGAGAGCGAACUGCCGGGACAGCAGCCUUCGGGACACAAGAGAGCUCGCGUUCAUCCCUGGCCUGCUCCUGGCGAUGGGCUUCCUGGAGGCCGCCCUCUGGGCAGUGCUCCAUCCCCAGACUCUCCUGCUGGGGGCUGUCACCCUUCUGUUCUUUGUUGAUUUCCUCAAAAGCCGGCGACCAAAGAACUACCCGCCGGGUCCUUGGCGCCUGCCCUUCCUUGGCAACUUCUUCCUCCUGGGCUUUGAGCAGUCGCACCUGACGCUUCAGCGGUUUGUGAAGAAAUAUGGGAACAUUCUUAGCCUGGACUUCGGGAACAUAUCUUCAGUUGUUAUUACUGGAUUGCCCCUGAUCAGAGAAGCCCUUAUUGACAUGGACCAAAACUUCGUGAACCGUCCUGUUUCCCCUAUGCGAGAACGCAUCUUUAAGGGAAAUGGAUUGAUUAUGUCCAAUGGCCAGGUAUGGAAGGAGCAAAGAAGGUUUGCCCUGAUGGCACUGAGGAACUUUGGCUUAGGGAAGAAGAGCUUAGAGGAACGCAUUCAGGAGGAGGCCCACCACCUCAUUGAGGCAAUAAAAGAGGAGAACGGGCAGCCUUUUGAUCCUCACUUCAAAAUCAACAAUGCAGUUUCCAACAUCAUUUGCUCCAUCACCUUUGGGAAGCGAUUUGAGUACCAGGAUGGUGAGUUUCAGGAGCUGCUGAGGUUACUGGACGAGGCCACAUACAUGGAGGCUUCAAUGAUGAGCCAGCUCUACAGUAUCUUUCCAUGGAUAAUGAAGUUCUUUCCUGGUCCUCACCAAACUGUCUUCAGAAACUGGGAAAAAAUGAAAUUGUUUGUUGCUCACAUCAUUGAAAAGCACAAGAGAGAUUGGAACCCUGAUGAAACAAGAGACUUCAUCGACGCUUACCUCAAGGAAAUCUCCAAGAAUGCAGGGAAUGCUGCCUCAAGUUUCCAUGAAGAGAAUAUCAUCUGGAGCACUCUGGACCUCUUCUUUGCUGGAACCGAGACAACUUCCACUACCCUGCGCUGGGGGCUGCUUUACAUGGCCCUCUACCCGGACAUCCAAGAAAAAGUACACGCUGAGAUUGACCAAGUCAUUGGCCAGGAGCAGCAGCCAAGUGUGACUGCCCGGGAAUCCCUGCCCUACACCAACGCUGUCAUCCAUGAGGUGCAGAGGAUGGGCAACAUCGUUCCUGUGAAUGUUCCCAGGGAAGUGACAGUUGAUACCACUUUGGCUGGGUACCAUUUGCCCAAGGGCACUAUGGUCUUGACCAAUUUGACUGCACUGCACAGGGACCCAGCGGAGUGGGCUACACCAGACACGUUCAAUCCUGAGCAUUUUCUGGAGAAUGGACAGUUUAAGAAAAGGGAAGCCUUUCUGCCUUUCUCAAUAGGAAAGCGGUCUUGCCUUGGAGAACAGCUGGCCAGGACUGAGCUGUUUAUUUUCUUCACUUCCCUUAUGCAAAAAUUUACCUUCAAGUCCCCAGACAACGAGAAGCUGAGCCUCGAGUUCAGAAUGGGCAUCACCAUCUCCCCAGUCAAACACCGCCUCUGCGCUGUUCCUCGGGGGGUGACCUCAUUAGGAAAGGAAAGGAGAGGAGAAAGGGAGAAGAACCGGACUGUGUUCUGAAGCCACUGGUGAUGGCAUAGAUAUGAGGGGCCAAAAUGAUAAUGACCCUGAGGAAAGAGCAGAGAAAUUAGACACAGAGGAAACUAGAUCCAAGUCCCAGCUUUGCUGUCUCCUUUAAAUUAACCUUGGAAAAAUCACUUACGUGCUACACAAUUUACCUUUUCAUCCAGGAAAUGAAAAGAAGAUAAUGAUUCCUUUCCUAACAAAAAGUUCUUGCAAGAAUCAAAGUAAACAGAUGAUGCUAAGUAACUUGGAAGCCAGAAAGCACAGCAUAGGUGUUGCGUAUGUGAUGUGCCUCCUUCCUGCCUCCUUUGUUAGACGUGUAUUUGCCUGUACCCUUUGAGAUAGCUCAAGGCAAAAUGGUGCAAAAUAGUCAAUAAGAUUAAACAUGGGCCCUGGGACCAGGGUCAGAGGUCAGCCUUAAAAGCUAUCUCAUUUCUUAGCACUGUGCUUCCUUAUUUUGUUCCUGCCCCAGAAUGGUUCUCUGAAAAGUUAUCAGGGCAGCUCUUAUUCCCUAUUUACAGACAAGGGAAAGUAAGCGUGGCUGAAGCAAUUUCUAUGGUUUACAUGAGCAAACACUACCUUGGCCUUGGACCCAAGGCAAAAUAGAGUGUGACCCCAAUUAACCAACCUGUGGAAAAGGUUUGGGAGACAAACGGCAAUAGUUUGCAUUUUUAAGAUUAUCUCUUUGCCUUGGGCAUCUAUCAAUAGAUAGAUACCAUUGGGCAUCUAUUCUCAUUGUACCUAGGUGGUAGGUAUGAUCUUUUUAUCGUAAGAAAAUUGCAAGCUUUUGCUGGGCCCUGAUAGAGUAUUUCAUAGCUGGAAGUCAGAAAUGCCACAUACCUGCUCAACGGCUCUGGGCGUAGUUUCUGAGGGAAGACAAUGUUCAUAAAAGCGAAUGCCAGGUAACACAGUCCAGGGAGUACUGACCACAAUGCCCAUUCAGAAAACAAACAAAAACUGAGGGAGAAAGGUGCUAAACCUUAUCAAAAUAUCUCCUUUGUUCCCUUAAAGUGGUGUAUUAGUCUGUUUGGUGUUGCUAUAAUGGAAUUCCUGAGACAUGUAGUUUAUUUUGUCAUGGUUCUGGAGCCUGGGAAGUCCAAGGGCAGGGUGGCAGUUUCUGGCGUGGGCUUUUGUACUGUGUUGUAAGAUGGUAGAAAAGCAGAAGGGCAAGCAAGCACAUGUAAAAUAAAGAAAGCGCGAUGUACCCAGACCACUUUAUAACAGCCUGCUCUCUCCAUAACUAACCCAGUGCUGUGGUAAAGAGAUUAAUCCAUUCCUGAGGGCUCCGCCCCCCUGACCUUUCAUGAGGCUCCACCUCCCAACACUGCAACACCUGGGCCCAAGAUUCAAAAUAAGCUUUGGAAAGGAGAAACACCUGAACUAUAGCAAGGUGAUUACACUUAAGGAAUUUAUAAGCCUAAUACACAGCCCACCAGGAAGCCAUGGUGCUUAUCCUUCCUGUGUUUUGAGAUUCAGAGAAAAAUCAAUGCAGUUGACACCUUAGAAUGGGAAACAGAGAAAAUCAUGGGGGAGGGUGUUGGCUGGAGCCAGCCUAAGCUGCCAGGGAGAGCCAAGAAAAAGAAAGUGUCUGGAAGAAAGCUUGUUAAUGUGAGGGAGGAGCUUUGGUCCUUCUUGCCCCGUAAAGGAGAGAAUGGCAGGGAGAGCCCCAGUGUGCACUUUUUGUAACUCACUAGAAAGUUGCAUGUCUAGAAAACAUGUCAAGUGAUAGUCUGAGAGUAAAACCAAAUAAGGCCUUGAACUUGAACUUCCCAAACUUCUAAGACCCCGUCUUCCUUUUUGUUUUCUCUGAUCAUAUCAUCCAAAUAAGAGACUCAAAUAGAAAU